AUGUGGAGGCCAAUAAAGAUAUGGUUAUUUAUUUUGGGUGCAAUAAUGGUGAUAUUUUCAUCAGCACUGAUAAUAUUUGAAUGUAUUAUCAAUGAAAUGACACAAUGCUUAGAGUCACAUCCAUUUUUACUUUCAACAAUUUGCAUUAAUGGAAUUAUUCUUUUCCUUGCUAGUAUUACCGAAAAAUCAUUUUUCAUAUGGGCUAAUAUUAUUGUUGUUACAGGUAAUAUUGCGGUGACAUUGAGAACAUUAUUGUAUGAAAUUAUUAAAGCAUAUUUCAAUCCAAUAUCAGAAGCAAAAUGUCUAAAAAAUAUUUCUAUAUGGCUAACAAUGUUAUUUAUAUUAUCAUUGUGUUCAUCAUUCGGUUUUCUAUUUCGUAGAUAUCAUUAUCAAAAAUGA